CGGCUAAAUGGUUCCAACCGGCGGUGCGUGAUGACGUCUCGUAUUCGGGCGGGUAGCUUUGUGUGUGAAACUCUUCGAAGAGCCAAAUAAACAGAUUUAUAUCUAAAUAAAAACAGUUUUUCUGACUUUGUGACCUUCACCGUGACUGAAGCAGCAGCGGUGACAGUAUGUGCUCAGCGGGGAGAUGGACUGGGAUCAGCUGGAGCUCAACCCGAAGAUCAUCGCAGCCGUGAGGGGAGCUAAACUGAAGUCUGUCAGAGAGGUGUUGUGUGUUUCUGGCCCGGACCUGCAGAGGCUCACCGGCCUGUCCCGCUCAGACAUCCAGCAGCUGCUCACCGCCGCAGCCACCGCCUGCAGACGACACCCUCCUAUCCCAGCCCUCCUGCUCCAUCGUGGAGCGUGUCGCAGGCUCGAGUCCGGCCUCAGACUCAGCGUUGGGUGUCCUGUACUGGACGAGCUGCUGAGGGGGGGUCUUCCUGUGGGGGGCGUCACCGAGCUGUCCGGAGAGAGCGGAGCAGGGAAGACUCAGCUGGCCCUGCAGCUCUGUCUGUCUGUCCAGUACCCAACGCAGCACGGAGGACUGAACUCAGGAGCCGUGUAUAUCUGCACCGAGGACUCGUUUCCCAUCAGACGUCUGCAGCAGCUGAUCAGAGAGCAGUCCCGUCUGCGUUCUGACGUCCCCCCGUCGCUGACCAGCAGCCUCCAGUUCAGUGACGGCGUUUACAUCGAGCACGCUGCUGAUCUCGACUCCCUGCAGGUGUGUCUCUCCCGCCGUGUCCCCCUUCUGCUGGCUCGGGGUCUGGUCCGGCUCCUGGUGGUCGACUCGGUGGCGGCUCUGUUCAGGUCUGAGUUCCAGGCUGCUGAUUGGCUGGAGAGGACCAAACAGCUGCUCACCUUCUCCUCCACAUUGCACCACCUGAGCCACGAGUUCACCACACCUGUCCUCUGUAUCAACCAGGUGACGGAUGUUUUCAGCAGCUCCGACCACCGUUUGGGCCCUCUGUCCUCCAGCGUGUCACCGGCUCUGGGGUUGGCCUGGGCCAAUCAGGUGAUGGUUCGGCUAAUGAUGCGGCGCCUUCAGGUGAUUGUUGCCCGUGGCGACCAGCGCAGCGCCCUCCGCAGGCUGGAGGUGGUGUUUGCUCCUCAUCUCGCCCGAGACGGACGAGAUGCCGCCGUCUGGAGGGAGGGGGUCCAAGGAGUCACGAACUCUGACAGUUAGAUUAUAUAUAUAUAUAUAUAUAUAUAUAUAUAUAUAUAAUCUAUCAGAUGUUACUUUUUGAAUCUUUAUAUACACUAUAUGGCCAAAAGUGUAUGGACAGUUUAUCAUGCUGCCUUAUUUAACUGAGCACCUCAGGGUUAAAAUGGCAGUUUUCAAAUGGAAGUUCUGUACUGGCUUUUUUAAGAAAAACCAGAAUGAACUGAUCUGAGAACAGUCUAAUGAUGCAAACAGUAUAUUUACUACAGUACUGAACUGAUGUACAACUCCGAGUAGACUGCAUGUAAUAUUGUCACCUCCCAGAUCUCCGUGUCGUCGUAGAUGUCAGCUGAUCAUUCUGUUAGUAAUACUUAAUAUUCUGAAUGCAGGACUUCUACUUGUAUCGCAGUAUUAGUACAUUGUGGUACUACUACCGUCACGUCAGUAUCGGAGUACUUCUUCCUCUGUAUAACUCUAUUGUCUUCGUGUGUUCAGAUAAUAAAACAGCAGUUUGACAAAGUCA